UGAGGUGGCAGUGGCUGCUGCGGUGGAGCCUGCGCUUCAGCGGGCGUUGGGGACUAGAAUUUGUCUUUCACCGCUGAGAGGUGGAGCAGGAGCUCUGGUCCACUGGCCAUGUUCAUAUGCAAAGCCAGCUGAACUUCUGUUUGCUGUCUACAAAAUCCCGGCAUGGUCUCCAGCUUUUUGUACUCGCGUUUUGUGUGUGUGUUUUUUGUACUUGGGGUCCUUUCUGGUAAAGCCAGAUACCGAAUAGCUCAUACACAGCGAGAGUUACUGUAAUUUGCCUCCUCUCUUCUCUCAAGACAAAGGUGAGGCAAGAGCAACUUCUCAGCAGCUGGAAUUCGGAGAAGGCGGCCAUAAAAAAUGGCUUUACUAGCCAUUGUGCUCUUCUGAGAGGAUCUCAGUGCUGAGUCACAUCACGGUUUACCUCAUUGGCUGGGCCAAACUUCUGUGGUUCUGUUCAGGAUGCUGGUUGCUCUUUGAUCAUUCCUGACUUGGAGGAAGGGGUUACUCCAGCCCCGAUCGCCUUCUCUUGUGCCAGCCUUUAGUAGUAAGCCAGCAGCUCCUUCAAUAAAUUGAGUGAGAAACUGCCCUGAGCCAGGUGUUCUUUAGGAAAGGCUGACAGACGCAGGUUCCCUCAGGUUGGUGCCUGUUUUGACAGAUCAUGUGCUUUUCUCAAACCCCUUCUUUAUCAGUUGCUGCUGUCUCUUAACUUAGAUCUAGUCUACAGAUAUGUGUAGUUGUGCUUUUUAGGUUAGGUUUGGCAGUAUUUUUAGGUUAGGUUUGGCAGUAUUCUUCCCCUUUCCACUGGAAGACAGAACGUGAUCCCCGUAGUGAAUGAAGUUUGUUGCUACUUGGGCUGAGGGUUAGAUCUAGCACCUUGACAGUUGAAGACCAGGCAGAGAAGUGAAGAAGUCAAGCUUCCUAGGGGAUGCUGGGCCUGGAAGCAUUCAUGCCUUGCUCUGUUGUUGACCUCACUGACCCCAGGUUCCCUGGUUAAAAGUCAAGGCCUACUGCUGGCCUGGCGCCCUCAACCCCAUUGAUCCUUGAGGCUGUGCCCUCUGGGGCACACAUGGCAGGACCUACCACCAUGCGACUGAACUCCCUUUUGGCUCUGCUGCGACCAGCACUGCCCCUCAUCCUAGGGCUGUCUCUGGGAUGCAGCCUGAGCUUGUUGCGAGUUUCCUGGGUCCAGGGUGAGGGAGAAGAUCCCUGUGUAGAGGCUGUGGGAGACCUUAGAGAGCCUCAGAAUCUGGACUCAAGAACUCGGCUGGAUCACAGUGAUGAAGACUUCAAACCCCGGAUUAUCCCUUAUUACAGGGAUCCCAACAAGCCCUACAAGAAGGUGCUCAGGACUCGGUAUAUCCAGACAGAGCUGGGCUCUCGUGAGAGGUUGCUUGUGGCUGUCCUGACUUCCCGAGCCACACUGUCCACUCUGGCUGUGGCUGUGAACCGCACGGUGGCUCACCACUUCCCUCGGUUACUUUACUUCACUGGGCAGCGAGGGCCACGGGCCCCAUCAGGGAUGCAGGUGGUAUCUCAUGGGGAUGAGCGACCAGCCUGGCUCAUGUCCGAGACUCUGCGCCAUCUGCACACACACUUUGGGGCUGACUAUGACUGGUUCUUUAUAAUGCAGGAUGACACGUAUGUGCAGGCCCCCCGCCUGGCAGCCCUUGUUGGCCACCUUAGCAUCAACCAGGACCUGUACCUGGGCCGGGCUGAGGAGUUCAUUGGUGCUGGUGAGCAGGCCCGGUAUUGUCAUGGUGGUUUUGGCUACCUGCUGUCACGCAGUCUCCUGCUCCGGUUGCGGCCACACCUUGAUGGCUGUCGAGGAGACAUUCUCAGUGCCCGUCCUGACGAGUGGCUUGGCCGCUGCCUCAUCGACUCUCUGGGGAUUGGCUGUGUCUCCCAGCACCAGGGGCAGCAUUAUCACUCAUUUGAACUGGCCAAAAACAGGGACCCUGAGAAGGAGGAGAGCUCGGCUUUCCUCAGUGCCUUCACAGUGCACCCCGUCCCCGAGGGGGCCCUCAUGUACCGGCUGCACCACCGCUUCAGUGCUCUGGAGUUGGAGCGGGCUUACAGUGAAAUAGAACAGCUGCAGGCUCAGAUCCGGAACCUGACAAUGCUGACCCCCGAGGGGGAGGCAGGUCUGAGCUGGCCCAUUGGGCUACCAGCCCCUUUCACACCACACUCUCGUUUUGAGGUCCUGGGCUGGGACUACUUCACAGAGCAGCACACCUUUUCCUGUGCAGAUGGGGCUCCCAAAUGCCCACUGCAAGGGGCUAGCAGGGCGGAUGUGGGCGAUGCUGUGGAGACUGCCCUGGAACAGCUGAAUCGGCGCUAUCAACCCCGUCUACGCUUCCAGAAACAGCGGCUCCUCAAUGGCUACCGGCGUUUCGACCCAGCCCGGGGCAUGGAGUACACCCUGGACUUGUUGUUGGAAGCCGUGACUCAGCGUGGGCACCGGCGGGCCCUGGCUCUCAGGGUCAGCCUGCUGCGGCCACUGAGCCGUGUGGAGAUCCUACCCAUGCCUUAUGUCACUGAAGCCACCCGUGUACAGCUGGUGCUGCCGCUUCUGGUGGCUGAAGCUGCCGCGGCUUCUGCUUUCCUGGAGGCCUUCGCAGCCAGUGUUUUGGAGCCACGAGAACAUGCCCUACUCACCCUGUUGCUGGUCUAUGGGCACCGGGACGCUGGCCGAGGGGCCCCAGACCCAUUUCUUGGGGUGAAGGCUGCAGCAGCUGAGUUAGAGCGGCGGUACCCUGGGACAAGGCUGGCCUGGCUCGCUGUACGAGCCGAGACUCCUUCCCAGGUGCGGCUCAUGGAUGUGAUCUCUAAGAAGCACCCAGUGGACACACUCUUCUUCCUCACUACCGUGUGGACGAGGCCUGGGCCCGAGGUCCUCAACCGCUGCCGCAUGAAUGCCAUCUCAGGCUGGCAGGCUUUUUUUCCAGUGCACUUUCAGGAGUUCAACCCCACCCUGUCACCACCGCGGUCACCCCCAGGGCCUCUGGGGGCUGGCCCUGAUGCCCUGUCCCCUCCUGGUGCUGACCCUUCCCGGGGGGCUUCCGUAGGGGGCAGAUUUGACCGACACGCGUCUGCGGAGGGCUGCUUCUACAACGCAGACUACUUGGCAGCCCGAGCCCGGCUGGCUGGUGAACUGGCAGGCCAGGAAGAGGAGGAAGCCCUGGAGGGGCUGGAGGUGAUGGAUGUUUUCCUCCGGUUCUCAGGGCUCCACCUCUUCCGGGCCGUAGAGCCAGGGCUGGUGCAGAAGUUCUCCUUGCGGGACUGUAGCUCCCGGCUCAGCGAGGAACUCUACCACCGCUGCCGCCUCAGCAACCUGGAGGGGUUGGGGGGCCGUGCCCAGCUUGCCAUGGCGCUGUUUGAGCAGGAGCAGGCCAAUAGCACUUAGCACACCUGAGGGGUCCUGUACCUCAUUGGGUUUCCCUUUUCUGCCUUAGCCUCGGAAGGGGAAGGCAAGACGGAUGGAUGAUGGAGAGCUUGUUGCUGUAGGUUUCAAAUAAGAAAAUGCUAUUAAAAGUGUCUUCUGCCAAACU